UUGUACUCCUCGGCUGAGGCCCUGGCUGUCCGUUCGCCUCGGCUCGGUGAAAUAUCGGGGUUGUGGCGGCCGGACGGCCACGAACAGGGGCUUGCUUCGACCCGCGGUUUCUGUCCGAGGUGGCUCGAACGACGGCUGCUGAGCAGCGGUUCUCCGAACAAAGGUUCGGUGCUCGAACAAGAGGUCUCGGUCAGCCGGUUACAGGUUCGCGAGAACGGGUUACAGGUUCGCGAGAACGGGGCUGAAGUGCUGCUCGUCGCGAACGGGAAUUUGUGGGACGGGCGGCUGUUUGCAGAGGCGUCCUUAGGUGGCCGGAGCUCGCGGCUUCCCGGCGACGAACGGCGUGCGUCCUGCGAUGGCGACGAGGAGGGUUCGGCAGGGGUUCUCGCGAGUCCUCGUCGAUGGCAGAAGCUAGGACGCCGGCGGAAAAAAGUGGUUGAUUUUUCGAGAAGACGGUGGCCGCCGGCGAAUGAUCUGAAGAGGAAGGGUGAUUUUUAG